UCCUGAGAUGUCGCGUGUGCUCGGGGCUCAACUCGAGUUGAAGUUUCUCUUUUUUUUUUCCCCUCCUGGGGUAAACACCUAAGGAAGACUGCAUCACUAGCAUUACUUAAAGCUCUUCUUAGUCGAUUAUGGCCACGGUGCGGCUGUUAACUUAUGUGGUGUCGGUGUUACUAGUCGUGGUGUUUGAGAGGUUCUCGGCGCUGGCCGCCUUCUCGCAGUCCCUGGACAGCGACUUCACGUUCACUCUGCCCGCCGGUCGCAAGGAAUGUUUCUACCAGACUAUGAAGAAAGACGCCUCGUUGGAAAUAGAAUAUCAGGUAUUGGAUGGCGCAGGCUUGGACGUGGAUUUCUACAUCUCCUCUCCAUCUGGUCAGAUUCUUUACAGCGACCAUCACAAGUCAGACGGAAUGCACACCGUGGAGACAGAAGACGGCGACUACAUGUUCUGCUUCGACAACACCUUCAGCAGCGUUUCAGAGAAGCUGGUCUUCUUUGAGCUCAUCCUGGACAACAUGGAUGCCGACGAUGAGCCCGAAGAUUGGAAGGAGUACGUGCACGGCACCGACGUGUUAGAUAUGAAGCUGGAGGAUAUUAUGGACACCAUCAACAGCGUGAAGUCGCGGCUGGGCAAGAGCUCGCAGAUCCAGACGAUGCUGCGCGCCUUCGAAGCCCGCGACCGCAACCUGCAGGAGAGCAACUAUGACCGGGUCAACUUUUGGUCGCUGGUCAACCUGGCGGUCAUGAUGCUGGUGUUGGGCGUGCAGGUCUACUUGGUGCGCUCGCUCUUCGAGGACAAGAGGAAGAUUUGCACGUAACAAACCUCAGAAAGGGGAGGGGCGGGCCUGCAAAGGAAGAAAAAAAUAAUCACUGUUUGGGACAUUUCAGAAACGCAACAAAUGAGCCUCGGAUAUUUUCUGCUCUUCAGUCCACUGGAAUUGAAUUGAGUUUUAUUUGUCGACAUCAUUGCUGUAAGUUUAUUUGACUAAUCAGACUCACUUUUUAUCAUUAGGGGGUCAUACAUACCAUCAACACUUUGCAUUUAUCUAGCUGUCAAUCUUCAUUUUAGAAAAACAGUAUUUCAGAAACAUCAUUUUUUUUCCAGCCCACACUUCCGUCCAGUGUUAUAUUUGAGUGAUUUUCUUAAGGCGUAUAAUCCACCGCAGAGUGAGUUGAUGUGUUUUACUAACUGACUGUUACGAUCAGAAAAAGAUUUAUAUAUCGUGAUUACUGAGCAGAACUUGUCUCAAGUUCAGACGUUGAAAUAUUUAUUCAUUUACUUGUAAAUGUGUAAAUUAAAAGUUUUGGAC